AUGAAUAUGCCCGAGGACCUCGACUAUGCGGCUCCCAAUGCCUCGUUUCAUAGCAUGCCACAGUCACCAGCCUCACCGAAGCCUCGCAAGGACUCCAAGAGCAUCUUCUCUAACUUCAGCGCCAACAAGUCGUCGUCACGCCUUAACAGCCAGGGGAACUCGAUACGGCAGCUUCCUGAACAACAACAUUCGCCGAGUCUAUACUCCAACGGGCGCAGCGGGGCUUCGACACCAGACCUCGGCCGCCCCGUGCGCACCCCCAACUCGGAUGGUAUGGCUACAGCAACCCAGACAAACGGCGUGUCGCUAACUGCCACAGACAACCGCUCCGAGGUAGUACGUUUGGACCAACGGACGGGCUCAGGCAACUCCAACGACUCCUCCGAUCCCAACGCGGAUUCUUCGAAGCGCAAUACCAUCAAACCGAAGAAGGGCAUUCUGAACAGGUCGAAAUCCAUCAAAGACGGCGAGAGCUCAGGCACCCGUGCAAAACUGAACAAGGCUCCGCCAGGGCAACUGUCACCAGAUAUCGGAGGUUCGUGGACGACGAAUGGUGAUGGGCCGCCAUUGAAGCCGGCGCCCAUGGACAAAGGUCAAUCAUGGCGAGGCAUAGGCAAGCCACGAACGCACUCGGCAGAUCGUCAGGAUGGCUCCAAGCAGAUACCACGGGAUGUCGACAACGGGCCACGAAGAGACAAGUCGGAGCAGAUAUCGCUAGCUUCCAGCUCGUACAACGAGACCAAAGGACACGGCUUCAUCUCGAAACUCGGUUCAGGGGCUCGCAACAUGGGGGAGAAGAUGGACUCUGCCCGCAAGGGUGUAUUUGGCAAGCUUGGACGGAGCUCAAGCAACCACGAGAGUCAGACGCCGAUAUCCAACGAACCUUACGUGUGCAAAAUCAUUCACAAGCCCUUGAUCGAACAGACGAGGCUGACACGGAUAUCAACCCGUCUGGAACAGUCACGCGACAAGACUGAGUUCUGGAUGCCAGCUCUACCUUGGCGGUGCAUAGAGUAG